AAGCUUUUCAUAGCAAUGACUGAUUUCAGACAGUUGAAUCUUACAAAAACCAUGGUGCACAUUGAGGACAAUGGUGAGCCCGGUUGCAAAACUGUCUUGGAAGUAAAUCAGCGAUAUCGUAAUUUCGAAGAUCCCACCUCGUAUUGGCAAUGCGGUCUACAGGGUCAACCGGCCAAAAUGGUGCGCUGCGAUGCGAACAAACUCUACUCGGAGGAGGAACAAAAGUGCAUUGACUGGAAGAAAUGGCAUUGGUCGGAUCCAAAAGAGCCACCUAGUCGACCAAGUAAAGCAAACAAGUGAAGAACGUGCAAAAUCUUGAUGAGUAGACUGUAAAAACGAGCAUACAUCAAAUUGAGCGUGUGGAUAUAAUAAAUAAUGAUAGUAGUAUAGUUUACAGAAUCAUCGUUAAGAAUUAUAAAUUCUAUUUAUAAUGGGUUAAGGCAGACAAACUUAAUAUAUUUACAAAUAAAUUUAAAGUGUUCAGAGUUAAA